AUGAACCGUCGCCGCCGUAGACGAAAGGAGAAGAAGAACAACAAAGCAUCUCAGACCGGCGUAGAAGAGAAGGAAGACUUUUCUGGUGCUUCCGAUUCUAAGGAGGACGCGGAUCCGCAUCAACAGGUAUUUGAGGAGAUUGUGAUUGAGUAUGUUCCAGAGCAAGUCAAAUUUGAAGAUGGAUUUAACGAUGAAUUUAAUCAAAUCUUUGAGAAGUUCAACUUUCGGGAACCUGUUGCCUCUAAUGACGAUGGUAAGAAGGAUGAGCCUGAGGAGAAAGAAGAUGUAAAGAAGAAGGUUGAUUUAGAUUCAGAUGAAGAAAAGAAGGAUAACCAGAACAAAGAGAAUGUCAUCUCUAACAAGAAGAAAAAUAUCUAUCUCGAAGCUAAUUAUUACCUCUAA